CGGGCUUGACGGCAGGGACCCUUCCGGAGCAGCGCCGCCCUCCCCGGGCGGGGUGACCGCGGCGUCGGUCGCGGGGCUUCCAGGUGGCGCAUUGGGAGCAGCAGGUCGGAGUGGUCUGCCUGAACUACGGCGGGGCCGAGGUGGAACGCGCGCUCCCGCUGCGGCUGCGCGAGCUGAUGUCAGGCCUGCCCCGCCGGGAGUUUGCCGCCAGGCUCAACGCGGAUGACCGUGUCGACGAGCGCAUCCUCCGGUGGCUCUUGGACCCGCAGAUGGCGAUGCUACCGCGCGAGUCGUGGCCCUCGCGCGCGCCGCGGGCGAAGAUGCACGUGCAGCGGCCCGAGGAGUGGUACGAGGUCGCAGGACAUCUGUACCAGCUCGGCAUCCUGUCGGUGAUCGACAAGAAGGACGUGUUCGCAGUCGACGGGGAGCUUGUGCUCUCAGGAGCACUCGCGGUAUCAAAGCGCGGGGAUCCACUCCCAGGUGAAUCCCGGGUCACCCGCUUCAUCAUGAACAUGGUGCCCAACAAAUCUUAGUUGCGGACGCUGCACCACGACGCGUGCGCCCUGGCGGCGACCACGGGGUGGACGUCGAUCCACCUCCCGCGUGGCGGAGUCUUGGUGUGGCACGGGGACGACCAGCUGGGUGCUUUCUUCGUGUGGAAGGUCCCGGCAGCCUGGCGGGGGUUUUAUGAUUUUUGCGCAGCCUGUGCCCGCGUCUUACCUCGGGCUGGAAGGCUUGGAGCGGUUUUGGCUUUGCUCGGCUGUGAUCCCGAUGGGCUGGGUCCUCGCCGCGCUGGUCUUCCAACACCUGCACCGCCGCCUAUGCCUACGGGCCCCGCCGCGCGGCGGAGGGCCCCCACCAGAGGCGGAGUGGCGGCGAGACAAGCCGCUACCACUCGCCGCGGCUGGCUCAGAAGAGCACGCGUGGUGGCAGGUGUACGUGGACGACUUCGACGCGCCCGAAAUCACGUCGCUCGCGGAGGCGGAGCAGCGCUGCGGGCAGCCGGGCCGUUUGCAGCAGUUGCAGCGCGCUGCUUAUGCUUGCGCGGGGGUGCCCUGGGCGAAGGCCAAAGCGCGUGAGGGUGACCUCGUCGUGGAGCGAAUUGGCGCAGAGGUCGACGGUUUUGUGGGGCGCGUCUCCGCCCCACCCGCCAAGUUGAUUGAGGCCCAGCGGUUGGCUGUCCGUGUCUUGGGGCGUACACGCGCCCGUUGGUUCAUGAUGCUGACGCUGCUCGGCCGGCUGACGCGGUGCUUCGAGUUCAGGCGCCCGCUCAUGGGGUGCCUCAACGGGAAUUGGCGUUUCGCCACCUGGCGGCGCGGGGGUGGCGUUACGACGGACAUGUCUGUGGAAUUGUUGCUGUCGGUGGCUCUCGCGCCGAUGGCGUUCACGGAUCUCCGGGCGACGAUCUCUGGUAUGGCGACGGUUUCCGAUGCGUCCAAGCAGGGCGGCGGCGUCUGCGCAUCCGCGGGUUUGCAGCCCAGGUCAGCCGCCACGCUGGCGCGCGCUGGCCAGGGCCCCCAGCAAAUGGCCAUGGCAGGGCGGCUGCUGCAUGGGGCCGGACGCGCCGAGCAGACCGCUUUCGACUGCCAGGCUGCGCGCCCGCGGCCGGUGACCUUACGAACGGUGGUGUGCGUAAUUUCGGUUUCUGUUUCUGCAGCGCUCU